UAGGCAGCACCCUACCAAAAAGCUAAUGAAGUCAGACUGAGUUUGUCUGCAUCAGAUCAGUAGGAAGAAGGAACUGCCUGUGAGUGCCAGCUGCCCGCUCUGCCAAGAACGUGCCAGCUGUCUUUCCCUAACCAAAGGCAGUCAGAGAACGAGAGACUUCCUCACCCUACACAAGUGGGGCAUUAUGGAUUCAAACGUGCAGCGCCUGGCGAAACACCGAGUCCAGGCCUGAGUGAGGGUACAGAGAGAGAACUGCAAGAACACACCGCAUCCAUCUUUCAGAUCAUUUUCCUGAGCCUCGGGAGAGCAGGAUGGGUACGACAGAAGCCACACUGCGAAUGGAAAACUUAGAGGUAAAGGAUGAAUGGCAGGAUGAAGACUUUCCACGUCCUUUGCCUGAAGAUGGUGACUUGGACGGUCUUACUGACAAUCGCACUUCUCCUUCUGGCUCUUUCCAUCGAGGUCACGAAGGAUCAGAAUCUCAGCAGAAGAGGAGGACUCUCAUUGCCCCGGACAUAAACCUCUCCCUGGACCGGAGUGAAGGGUCCCUCCUUUCUGAUGACAUCCUUGACACUCCGGAUGAUCUGGAUAUUAAUGUGGAAGACAUGGACACACCGGAUGAAACCGAUUCCCUGGAAUUUAUCACCAGUGGAAACGAGCUGGAAUGGGAAGAUGACACAUUGGUAGCCUGUGCCAAAGGUGCUCCAGCUGAUGGCUCAGGGCAUGUAGGUGAGGAGGGUGAUGGUACUGCCCGUCUAUGGAGGACCGUGAUUGUCGGAGACAAGGAGCACAGGAUAGACAUGCAAGCUAUCCGACCAUACCUGCGUGUGGUCACUCAUGGAGGUUAUUAUGGAGAAGGUCUGAAUGCCAUCAUCGUGUUUGCAGCUUGUUAUCUCCCAGAGACCAACUGCACUGACUACCAUUACAUCAUGGAAAAUCUCUUCCUAUAUAUAAUCAGCAGUCUGGAAGCACUAGUAGCUGAUGACUACAUGAUCAUUUACCUGAAUGGUGCAACUCCACGCAGGAGAAUGCCCAGCAUUAGCUGGCUCAGGAGAUGUUACCAGAUGAUUGAUAAAAGGUUACGAAAGAACCUGAAAUGUCUGAUCAUUGCACAUCCAUCCUGGUUUAUUCGGACUGUCCUGGCCAUUUCACGUCCUUUCAUCAGUGUGAAGUUUGUGGAUAAGAUUCAGUAUGUACAGACUCUGGAGGAGUUGGCUCAGAUUGUUCCUAUGGAGCAUGUGCAGAUCCCGGAGUGUGUGAUGCAGUAUGAUGAGGAGCGUCUCAAAGCCCAGACAGAAAGGCUUGAGCAUAACCAGCGACAAAAUGAAAAAUCUGUGUCAGAAAGGGCCACAUCAGUAGCUGCAGAGGAUCCUCAAUAAUGUUAGGUAAUUGAUUAAGCAAAGGAUCGUCUUUGAAAGACCUUAAACAAAAUACAAAAGCGUGAGCUUUCUUCUACUACUGCU